CAAACCUGAAUUUGAAGGUAUCUCAUGUUGUUCCACAUUUCAAAAAGGGAGAUCGAUCGUUCUCCAUGAACUUCAGGCCAACUUACCCCACUUCGAAUACUGCGAAGGUGCUUGAGAAGACCACGAAAACGUUCACAUUUGGAGACUUUCUUGAAGUCCGACAAGUCAAUCCUCUUCAUCAAUAAGAGUUUCGAGCGCAUUGUAUUAUGGUUACCCAAUUGAUUGAGCAUGUGCGGGACCUUGAUACAUCCACCAUGGCCGACCACACCCUUGAUGAGCUGAAUGAACAUGGGCAAACAUGCGAAAACAGCAUCAAUUUGAACGGAGCCUUCACAGUCAAGAAGAUAGAAGAUCUCCUACCCAUUCCACAGGGUCUGCCUAAUCCCAAGUUCCCCUCCAAAUCCGAGUGUAGCUCAACACCCUCGGCUUUGGAGGUCGAGCUUCAAAUGCUCGAACCGAUUUGGUUGGAGGCCGUGUGUCGGGAAAACAAAGGGGCCACGGUUGAGCAAAUCCAAAUUCUGGUGGAUAUCAAGCUUCAACAAGUGCGACAAUUGAUCCCUGCGCGUUGGAUGGCCGAGAAGACAUUCAAAUCCCAGUGCCAAAUGUUGGAGCAAAUCCACGAUAGUCUCGCUCAAGUUCUGACCACCUUGCAAUCCAAAGAAAUCGACGACAGCUCGGCCAGAAUCGAGGAGUAUCAAGCCCAACGAUCCAUCCAGGAUUGGUCCACGACGAGGCAACCCGAUUUUGAGGCCAGCUAUCAAGAGGCCUCUCGAGCUUGGUACAAACCCGGNGAGCAAUACCCCCAACAUUGA